CUUUUCUUUCCGAAAAGCCGCGGCGGGCUUCAUCCCGGUGGAUCUUUUGUUCGAUCCACCUACCGACCUGGCGACAACGAGGAGGUCCGUGCGUGUUGUUGGUGGGUCGUCGUCGCAUUGUCGUAUGGGUAAAUUGUAAGACGAUGCGUGUUGCAAUGUCUCGGGCAUGGUUGUGGCCGCGUUCUGCGUCCACAACGGGGGUCCAAAGGAGGUCCGUGGUGGGCCGAUCAAUCGAUCGAUCGAGAAGCGAGAAGCGAGGGGAGCUUGGGUUGUUCUUUUUCGCGCCAGAGACAGGACGAAACGCGAACGACCGGCUCCGCAUGGUGCUCCUCUCCCUCUUGCGCCUUGCGUCUCAUCAUUCAUCAAUCUGAUCACAAGUUCUCUGAUGGAAACCACAAACACGGACGAACGCAGACAAGGAUCCCAAAGGGGCAAGCGCUACCACAAACGCGUUCAAGAAAACCAGCGAGCAUACCUCAUCCGACCUAGUGUAGUCACCCACCCCGCCGUCAUUGUCAUCUUGUCGUCAUCACACCCACGGCCCCGCCCGAAGAACCACACCAGCUACUUCUUGGUCUCGCCCCAAGGGACCCCCGAGCAUUCGCAAUCACACCGGGCUAGUUUCGCGGUAGUAUUCAACGGCGUUAGAGUUACCAACCACCUCAACCCGGACCCGCUCGGUCGCGCGAGCGAAGAGCUAGGACACGUCAGGAAUUUCGACGGGGACAACGUAGAGGAUCGCAAAGUUCACAAGCUGCAAGUUGCCGAUUCCAAUACAGUGGCCAGUGGUAACCUGCGAGUCGAUCAUUCUGUCGAUCACUUUGAUCCACUCGAGAACCGGUUGUUCCGCCAUACCCACCAGACCUCGAGCGGAAAGCAGGGAGCGACACAGCAGGUCUUGUUGUAGCGAGGUGGGGCCGGGGAAGGCGUUGGACCGGAUCGGCGUCUGUCUCGU